AUGGACGACGACGACUGUCAAGUGGCAUUCGGAAGGAUCAAGAAAUGCCUUAUGAAUCCUCCUAUGCUUAUGCCACCGGUGCCUGGGAGGCCUCUUAUCCUAUACAUGACGGUGUUGGAUAAGUCGAUGGGGUGUAUGCUGGGGCAGCAUGACGAUUCCGGAAAGAGGGAACAGGAUGUGCUAUGCCUUAGUGAGGGUAGCCCAUCGUCUAAGGCAGUACAUGCUAAGCCACACCACUUGGCUGGUAUCCAAGAUGGACCUAGUCAAGUACAUUUUCGAAAAGUCCGCUCUCACCGAAUGGAUCGCUCGGUGGCAGGUUCUGUUUCCGAGUUCGACAUUGUUUAUGUCACUCAAAAGGCAAUAAAAGGAAGCGCCUUGGUAGACUAUCUAGCUCAGCAGCCCCUCAACGACUACCAACCCAUGCACCCAGAAUUCCUGGAUGAGGACAUCAUGGCCUUGUUCGAGGAAGAGGUGGAGGAUGAAGAUAGAGACAAGUAG